AUGGCUUCGAAGAUGCACCUCGACGGUAUCGACCAGAUCCUCGAGGCGGUGGGCUGCGAGGUGGACGAGGGCCGCGAGACGUCCGCUGUGUCCAAGUGGCUGCUGCAGACCACUCUUGGAAUGCAUCGUAUCCACUGGGUGGUGGCUUGCGGCUACGUCAUGGCGCCCUUGGGGGAGGUGCUCACGUUCACCAUGGCCUCCGAGUGGGGUCUGCGCUCUCAGUCGAGCUGGAUCCCAGGCUGGUUCCCCGGCAACGUGAAGGCCGCGGUCGAUGGCCCGAUGGAUCCAUCGUUGUUGCGACUGGUCCUCUUCUGCACCAACGCCCUGGCGAUGUGCAUCGGCCUGCCCUGGUGGGCAUGGCUCUGCAAGAAGACGGAACCGCGCUGGGCCCUCGCGGGGGCGAUGCUGGGGCAGCUGCUGCUGCUGGUCGGCUUCCUGCCUGUGCCUCCGAACGUCUACGGAGCCGUGGCGCUGAUGUUUCUGCACGGCUUCAUCGCUGGGGCCUCUAUGCUCUUCGUCGUCUUCAACUUCAUGAUGUCGAUCCGGGCGGACGUCAGCCAGGCAGCUCUCCGCAUGGGCCGCAUGGAAACGGUGCGGUACUGCGUGUCCUGGCUUGCCACCGCGUUCGUCUACUUGGCGUCGCCAGACGGCGUGCCCGGCACCAAGGAGGACCCUCUGCCCGCCCGGGUUCUGCUCCUGGCCGCGCCCCUCGGCAUCGGCGUGGCCUUCUCCGCCGGGGCGGCAGGCGCCUUGUGCCUCUUCGCGCCUCGCCCUUACAGGGAGGACAGGUUUCCAGCCUGGGACCUCGGGCUCAUCUUUCACAAGCGGUCCUUUGUCUGCCUCGCGCUGUCGGAGUGCAUAGGCAGCCUCAUGGCGUUCCCGUCGCUCAGCUAUGCCAGCUGGUGGCUCGACAACGGCUGGCAGGCCGAGGAGCUGGCGGAGGUCAGCGCCGUUCUCGCAGUGGUGCUGGCGGUCGGUGUCAUGCUCUGGGCAAAGGCGUUGAGUCUGGCCUCGGUGCACGGCUUCUCCUUGCUGAUCAGCGUCACCGUCUUUUUGCUGCCUCCGAGCUUGCUGGCGGCAUUCUGUCAGAUGGAAGUGUCCUCCUUCGAGUACCGCGGCCGCUCUUACGGGGCGAUGGUUGUGUGCGCGUUCACGCUCCUGCUGCAGGGCAUGCAGUCAUCUGCUAUCUGGGCGGCAAAAAUCCGCAUCCUCGGCAGCAGAUGGCGGCUCCUGAGCUACUGCACCGUGACGCUGUGUGCCUCGCAGUUCUGCACCUUCCUGUCGCCCAUCGUCUGCGAGUACAUCGCCCGGCAGUACUCGGUCUCGUUCCUGACGCGCAACCAGGAGGAGCUGGCAACGGCGGUCACCGCGUGCGUGGUGCCGCUGGGCGUGGCGCAGUACGUCGCCCAGCUCGCGGCGUCGCCUUUCAUCCACGGCGACAUGGGGAGCGCGCGGCACCGCCUCCGCGAGGCGACGUGCUGCAGCAACGUCUGCAGGCCGCGGUCCUUCGCGGCCAGGCCUCCUAUCCUUCUCGCCGCCGCCAUCGGCGGUGGCCUCUUGGCUUGGCUGGCCCAGACGGCGUACCUGUGGCUGGACGCGCCCUUGCCAUUCCACCCCGUGCGCAGGUGCCACCAGCUGCCGGAGCAGUGGGUCGGCGCGGGCUGCCACCAGCUGGCCACGAGAUCGCACGCAGACUUUGGCCUGAACGAGUUCGGCCAGAGCACGACCGCCAAGCUUAGGUGCCACCAAAUGAUGAAAAAGGAAAGCGGAGACACGUUCGAGCUGCGGGAUGUCGGUACAGGCGUCGGCACCUGCCGCGUGCUGGCGUGCGCGUCAAAGGAGCGACUGGUGCAGGCCGAUGGUGGACUGGUGCGGGGCGACCGAGACGUGUACUCGCGGUACUGCAGCCUCUUCGGCCAGAACCUCGUCGUUGUACACCUCUUCGAGUGGCGCUGGCCCGACAUUGCCAAGGAGUGCACCACAUACUUAGGACCCGCUGGAUUCGAUGCCGUCCAAGUGUCCCCUCCCUUUGAGCACGUCCUGGGCUCGCCGUGGUUCACCCGCUAUCAGCCAGUGUCUUACAAGUUGGAAUCUCGUUCGGGUACCGAAGAGGAGUUCAUCGACAUGGUCAGGAUUUGCCGAGAUGCUGGAGUGUCAAUCAUGGUUGAUGCUGUCAUCAACCACAUGGCCAGCAAGGUGAUGGUUUGGCCAGAGAGCAACAACAGCGACGAACCAUUUAAGUGCAAUAAUUCCGAGAAGCUUGGAAGCAACCUGCAGUGCCGGGGCUGGGACGGCACGCAGUUCGGCGAUAGGCACUUCUGGGAUGGGGGUACGUCCUACAAGCCCGAGGAGUUCCACCACUACGCUGGCAACGUCCGCUCGAACUGCGCCCUGCCGCCGUGGACUAACAACCGGCACCUCUGUGACCUCCAGGGUCUCCCAGACCUGGACACCGAGCAGAAGAAUGUCCGCGAGAAGCUGACUGGCCUGCUGACCAGGCUGUACGAGAUCGGGGUGACCAUGUUGCGCAUCGACGCUGCCAUGCUGAUCUACCCGGAGUCGACAGGCCAGAUCCUGGAGCCGAUACCCUGGGACUACGUCGUCCAGGAGUACUACCCCGACAAGCUACAGGUGGAGAGAAGAACUCUGACGGACGCCGUCGACAUCUCCGCCCUCACCAACUUCAAGUACGGGUGGACGCUGGCCACCAUCUUGUUCGACUCUUUCGACGAGGAGUCCGACGGGUGGAUCCGGCGCCACCAACUCGGGGAGCUGUUGGAUUUAAAUUCGGAUCGCAGCGAGUUCCCAGACAAGCCUCUCCCUGUCGCACAUGGCCUCCAGUUCCUGGACAACCACGACCAGCAGCGCGAGAGAUGGAAGGCCUGUCAAAAUCUCGGCGACACGGGGUGCAGGAGCCUGCACGUGAACGGGAGCGUGUGUGAGGAUCCAGAAGACGGGAAGUGCCGCCCGAUCUACAAGAACGGGGCGAUAUACCACAUGGCCAUGGUGUUCUCCUUGGCGUGGCCCUUUGGCGACUCCUUCCGGAUCAUGUCUUCCUUCGCGUGGACGUUCUUCAGGGAGGGCCCACCCGGCACACGCAGAAACGCUUCGAAGGACAUGGCUGACUCUGUGUGGGUCACGGGCGACGUCUCUUCGCCCUCGCGCUGCCGGGCAAGGCCAGAGACGACACCUGCGAGCCUCACUUACGAUCUCAACACAGACCGCCCGUGGGUCUGCGAGCAUCGCUGGGAGGGCGUGCCAGGCUUGGUGCGCGUGAGGAAGCAGCUGGGCUCCGUGUGCGGCGGGGACUGGCGGGGCUGCCACGUGCGCAGCCGCGACAGCUGGGACGACUUCGCGUCCUUCGUGGUCGCCGAGAGAAGUGGCGACAGCGCGCUCGCCUUUGUGGCCCUGAGCCGUGGGUUCAACCACGUUACGCAGCUGGGCUCGAACCAAAGCUGGAUCCUGGCGGAGUGGCGGACGAACGCCACACUGCCACCGGGCGAGUAUUGCAACCUAGCCUCCGUGCGUGGCCCUGUGGCGCAGGCGCUCGAGCCUCGGUGGCCCGCCAACUGCAAGGAGUCCGUCCGCGUGGGCCCAGAAGGCCUCUUCACCCAAGGUGUGGUCAGGAGCGGUUCCUCGGUAGUCAUCCACAAGCUGUACAGGCGGGACCUUGCCCUCUCUCCAGAGCGCAAGCGCGACGGAAAUGAGGAGGUGCUGAUCACCUGA